UCUUCUCAGCCGUCGGAAAUAGUGCAGCUUUCUCUCGUCAUUAUCGCAUGGCUCUGUGAAAGCUUAUACAGUAGGAGGUGGUUGUGUUUAUGGGUGAAACUACCAAAAGAUUACUCACGAUUUUCGUCACAAAGUAUUCGGCAUCGAAUUAUUACUGCCGGAUCUUUAGCCAAACGCCUCCUCUGCAGACAAGAUGGAUACAUUUUACGUUGCCUUAAUGGCGACAGUGACGGUAUUACACGCAGCGAAUGUCAAGACAAAUGUCACAGAAUCCUAUAACGUUCUGAUGCUGUUGCCGCUCUCCUCCCGAAGCCAUCGCACUCUGUUUUUGACGUUAGCAGAAGCCCUGGCUGACAGAGGUCACAAGGUCGAGCUCUUGGUCAACCACCCACCGAAGUCCAAACACCCUAAUGUCAAAGAGAUCUACCAUGGCCUCCCUCACUUUCAGGAAGAUAAGUUCCAGCUCUUUUCUGCCCGCGAUCACCCUUGGGAAGUAUUUGAACUUGUCAUGGAAGGAACGCCAAAAAUGACCAGAGAAUUAUAUAAACUGCCUGAAGUAAUGGCGCUCUACAAACGUCGGAAGGAAUUUCAUCUGAUCAUAGUCGAUAAUUUUUAUAACCAGAUGAUGUUUCCUUUCGCACAUGAAAUUCCUUUAGCAAUAAUGGUAGCUUCAGGUGUCGAACCCCUUCAGAGCGCAGUCAUGGGAAACAUCAUCAAUCCUUCUUACGUACCAAAUAGGCAGGUAAUACUUCCUCAGCCGAUGGGUCUUUGGCAGAGGGCCAUCAACACCGCAGUCCACUUCAUGGCUGGCAUUAUCAAGUACUACAUCAUUCUCCCAAAGAUACAGGCUGAGGUCUCUUCAGUCCUUCCAGAUGUUCCUCCUCUAGAAGAGAUAGAAAAGAAUCAGAGUUUGGUUUUGCUGAAUUAUUGUCCAUCUUUCGACGUUACACUGCCUCUGCUUCCUUCACAAGUCGAUAUUGGAUGCCUCCAUUGUCAUCCUGGCCUGCCGCUGCCUGAGGAACUCGAAGAAUGGAUAAACGGAGCUGGAGAGCCAGGCGUCAUCUACUUCAGCCUUGGCAGUGUUGCACGAGGGACCUCAUUGCCAGGCCCCUGGCGCGAAACCUUCGUCCAAGUGUUCGCGAGACUAGAGCAGAGAAUCAUUUGGAAACACGAGACGGAAAUCCCCGGCGCUCCUGAUAACGUUUUCACCAAGAAUUGGUUGCCACAGCAGGAUUUGCUAGCUCAUCCGCAGGUGAAGCUGUUUAUCAGUCACGCAGGAAUGCUGAGCACUCAAGAGGCUGUCUAUCACGCUACGCCAGUAUUGGCGAUUCCUAUACUUGCUGAUCAACCGAGCAAUGCCCACCUUGUCCAUAUGGCUGAACUUGGCAUACGCAUGGAUUGGGAGGACAUCACUGAAGACUCUCUCUUCGACACAAUAAAAGCCAUCUUAAAUAGCCAAAUAUAUACAGAAAACGUGAAGUCAGCUUCAAAGGUUCUCCGAGAUCAUCCCUUAUCACCUCGAGAGAAAGCUGCCUUCUGGACUGAGUACGUCAUCCGCAACAAGGGCGCUCCUCACCUGAGAAGUCCAGCAGCCGGACUUUGGUGGUUCCAGUUACUCUUACUGGAUGUUGCUGUGCUUUAUGUUCUUAUAUUGGUCAUAUUGUUCGUUUCUGUGCGCUGGGUGGUACUUCGCAUCUUCAAAAAGAACAGUUCCGGUAAAAUUAAUAGGAAGUCAAAGAAAAACAAGAAUAAAUUAAAUUAAUCUAGAUGUACUGUAAACGAAAAUUCGUAUGGAAAAAUGACACUAAUAAACAAGAACUGGCAUUUUUUACCCAGCAACCGGGUUCCAAGUGAUGUAAACUAUUGUGGACCCAUAUGCCAGCUACCAUUUGAUGAAAAUUUCCUGACAGAAAUUGAGCUUGCUUACUUGCAAGUUUUUUUAGUGAAAAACUGUAUUAAAUCAUUUUUCGUUACCUCGUAAUAGGUCGGUAUAAAAUGAAAACUCAGAGAUCUUGGAACUGGAGUAAGAUAUGCUCAGAUGAUAAAUAUAGGCCAUUAUAAUGUCCAUUCUUGAUGUUUAGGAAUGCGUUUAAUGUCUUUAUUUAUGUCUUUUAGAUAGAGUGGUUCGUGGUGGUAAGUUUCUGAAUUACCAGUCAAGACUUGGACCAUCGGCGGAUGGUCUCUCGUUUGUCAUUUUAUAAUAAGUUGUAUUCCAAUAGAGUUUUUUCAUAUUCAAAACUGAUCUAUGAACCAUUUUUCAUACCUAGAUCAACCAGAUUCGCUGAACAUCAGCACCAUUAUGCAGUAAAUAUACGUCGCUGUCGAACUUCUCAGUUCCAGAGGUCUUUUAUUCCUCACACCGUUGGACUGUGGAACAAUCUCCCUGGGGAUGUAUUGCAACUGGAGCUUCGAGGGUUCAAUCAUGGACACAAUGCAUUGCUACCCUAAUUCUGUUCGCUUUGCAUUUUGAUACUUUUUUGUCUACUAUUUUUUCUUUUUAUUUUUAGUAAGUGAGCUCUCUCCCUGUAUUUCCCUUUACCUCUCUUACUUCAUAAUACCAAAUUCUUUUGAGGCUUGAAUUCCAAUUCAAUGUCCCCUGUAGUCUUGUCCCAUGUGAAUAGGGUGUAUCUUUUGAACAAUAACAAUAUAAUAGUAAUAAAACAAUAAACCCUUCCAUUUAAUAAGCUGGCUGCUUCCAAGCAAGAGCUCGUUCUGACAUGGGAUUAGCUUAAUCUGACAACUUUAAAAGCAUUCAUAAAACUACAAAUUGAAAUAAAAUAUGCCCGAGAAGGUUGCGACUCUCACAAAAGGAAGAAACUGAUAAGGUAAAAUGGAAAUUCUCUGAAACAAAGCAUACAGUAUGACUGCGGUCCACCCUGUAAUUUUUUCCGUUUUCUAUAAAUCACAGCACUUAAAAGAAAACUUAUAUCAAAAAUAAAUUGGGUAACUACUCUCUGAAUGGUUCAAUUUUCUGUGAAUUAAUGUUAUUUAGAUCUUGAAGUACAAAACAAUAAUUAUGAAUUCGUCAGUUUCUGACGAUAAAUGAGGUAAAACAUAUUGCUUUCUUACUAUAAUCGUUCCCCAUCCACUUUUGUCCUUGCCGUCGUUCACUGUAGUCUGGAUCCUUUUUUUUUUAUAUGUUUAUUUACAACUUCAACUGAUAGAGAGAGAGAGAGAGAGAGAGAGAGAGAGAGAGAGAGAGAGAGAGAGAGAGAGAGAGAGAGAGAGAGAGAGAGAGAGAGGUGGGGGGGGGGGGCAACAACCGCCGCUCAGGCUUGCGUCAAUCGUCAAUCUCUUUCACCAUUGGUCUAUAUUUAUAUAGCUAUAGAAUGUAGGUAUCUAAGUCUGAGUUUCAAGACGAUACGCAGUGCCCUAAUGCUUACUUUCUCCACCUAUUCUUAUAUUACCGUUAUUUUUUACGGUUUGAGUGCACUUGUUGUGCAUAAGCCUUCUUAUGUCACUUGAGACAGUAGUGCCUUAAUUGUAACAGUCAUGAUCAGAUGGAUUUUUAUCAGAUCUGCUCAUGAUUGCAAAUUCUGUUUACUUGUAUUUGUGGUUUUUUAUGCAUAUUCAGAAUCACCAAUCUAAUUUUUUUUUUUUUUUUUUUUUUUUUUUUUUUUUUUACAUUCUGGGAUUAUAUUCUGUCGAAAGUUUUGAGUGAAGUUUGGGUUCUACAUAGGAGCCUAUGCCAAGUUGGAAUAAUUAAAAUAAUAGCAAUAAUUUUUAUAAUUUUUCUUCUACUAUCAAUGCUUUAUAUGCUGUAUACUAAAUUAUGUGCAUAAAUGAGAACACAGGAGUAAUUAAACGUAUUUCAUUACCUUAAAAAAUGCACCUACAAACGGAAAAAAAGUUAAGUGUAAUUACUGUAUAUUGCCGUUUCCAAGGCGUGUUAUUGAUCUUGCUUGUAACAUCUGGUGUGCUUGUUUAGAUGUCGUACACUUCAAUUUUUCACCUUAAAUUUUUCAUGUUAAUUGCUAUUAUUGUAUUGAUAUACCGAUGCAGUUCAUCAGCCCAACUAUUUUAUACAAUCACUCAUGUUGCUAUGUAUAUAAGACAUAAAUAUACCUUAUUUAAUGAAGGCGAUAAUGACCCUCGAAGGACCCUGUGUCGCGAGUUGCACUUCCACGCCUCUGUAAAUCUCUCCCAGUCAAACCAGCCAAUGGAAACCCGCUUCCAAAUCCCUCCGGUCAAAAUCCAACUCUUUCAGCUAAUAGAAGAAUUGGGAAAUGGGAAUGUUGGUGGCCUCUGAUUGGCUAAAAGAAAUAUUUGCCAGAACUAUUUUUCCGUUUGAAGGGCUCGUUGACGAUUCUAGAAUCUAGACACGGAUGUGGACCGUGGGACAAAUAUUUUAAUGAGAUGCCAAAGUCAAGACGAAAGAAUAAAGGUAAGG